AUGAGCAGUAACAAGUUUGCAUUUUUAGACCAGGAACCACCACCAGGGUACAUAGCUGGUGUUGGACGAGGAGCCGUGGGGUUUAGUACCGGUAAGUACACUCGCAAUCGAUCGGACGACGCAGACGACAACGAAGAUACUGGGAAUCCCGAGGUAAACGAGGGUGGAUUGUUGGUGUCUCGGUCAAAGAGAGACGAAGAGGAUGAGGAAGCGGACCGCAUAUUUGGGGAAGUUGAAAACAGAUUGAAAUCCAGACGGAAACAGCAUACAGUGGUUAAAGUUCCAACUGAUAGUGAAUUAUCCAAAAAAUCACAAUUUUCAGAUUUGAAACGUGAGUUGACGUCUUUAACAGAAGAUGAAUGGCUACUGCUACCGGAGGCAGGUGAUAUGACGAGGAAGAAUAAGCGACUGCGUAUUCUUGAGCAACAGCUGCAGCGACUCUAUACUGCCCCAGAUCUGAUUCUUGCAAAAGGAGCGGGGAUGGAAUUGACCAACACCAUGUCAAAAACAGAAAGGGAGGACUUUUUAACUGCGCAAUUGGACAGCAUUGCUGCAAACAAGACUCUGAAAGAUUCAGAGGAGUUAGAAAAUACGAUUUUGCAGUCGGAUGGUGCUGAUAAAGAUGCAAAAUUUGCUGACUUGAAAAAGGGCCGUUUGAUCCUUGCAUCCUUGCGUAAAACAGAACCGUACCGACCAAGUUCGUGGAUACAAUCGGCAAGGUUAGAAGAGCAAGCAAACAAUUUCAACAAGGCAAGAGAAUUGAUCCUGCAAGCAUGUAAGACUAUACCUGGAUCUGACGAAGUUUGGCUCGAAAAUAUUAGACUCAACUUGAACGACAAUGCAUAUGCAAAAGCUAUUGCGAAAGAGGGCUUGAAAUUUUGCAAGAGCUCCGUGAACUUGUGGAUGAAGGCAAUUGAGUUGGAAGUUGAAACCAAGUCCAAGAAGAAAACGAUCAUGAGAGCUUUAGAAGAUUUUCCAAGAGAGGAACAAUUGUGGAAGCUUUUAAUUGAUCAGGAGGAUGACCAAGGCGUGGUGCUGAAAUUGCUAAUAAAAGCCAUUGAUCUUUGUCCCACGGCAUGGGAGUUUUGGGUCGCAUUGGUCAACAUAUCCACAUACGACGAUGCAAAAUCGUAUUUGAAUAAAGCACGAAAGAUUCUUCACGGUGAUGUCAAAGUCUGGAUCGCUGCUUGUAAAUUGGAGGAGCGCGAGAAUCCGUAUAUCACGGGAACUAAGAUACAAAAGUUGACGGAUCGGGCUGUCAAGGAAAACCCCAAUGUUGCAAGGUCGGAGUGGUAUCACAUAGCCUCAAAAGCGAUUGAGGAAGGAUUUACAAAGACAGGCACAGAGGUACUUUCAAGUUUCUUGAAAUCGCUGAGUUUUGCACCUGAGGAAUUGAUUACCGAAGCAGAAGAACAGGGUGAACAUGGCCAUUUUGAGUUUAUGGAAACGAUAUUAAACUAUUUGGCGCAGUCAGGAUCGACUGAUAUUAAUUUAUGGCAAAGACUCAUUACUGUCGUUCGAAAGUAUCUUGACACCGAGACCUUAUUUAGAUUUUACUCAACUGCGAUUGAUUUGGUUCCAGAUCCGAUACUGGUGUCCUUGAUGUAUGCAAAAGACGCAUGGAAGGUUGCUGGCUAUGCUAAUAAAGCCCGAGAAAUAUUGCAGCAAGCUGACAACAAAUAUGAUGACGAUCUGAUUAAGCUUGCAAGAGUUGAACUCGAGUCCAACACAGGGAAUAUCGACAAAGCCGAGUUAAUCGCUAAAGAAAUCAUUCAACAGGAACCAAAGAGAAGUGACAAGUUCUGGUACAGAUAUAUACACAUUUUGCGAUGUAAACGGGACUCACCAAAAAAUGUUUUGAAGGUUUCACAACGAGCUUUAGAUCUAUUUCCAGACUCUUGGAAACUUCAUUUGCAAAAUAUCCAAAUACUUAUGGAGGACAUGGGGAAUCUCGUAUCUGCGAGGGAGGCUGCCGCGUUAUCAGUCCAGGUAUGUCCUCAGUCACCAAUAUUGUGGAUAAAGUAUUCAUUGGUAGAGGAAAAAUUAGGUGUUCUUAUCAGAGCCAGGUCUAUACUAGACAAAGCAUCAUUGACAAUUCCAAACUCGGUCGAAAUUGCUGUGGCCCAUGUUGACCUCGAAAAGCGUCAGGGAAACAUAAAAGCAGCAACAAGUAUUGCCGCCAAGAAUUUGAAACAGUUCCCAUCUAAUGCUCACGUGUGGUAUCAACAUCUUUUGCUUAUACCGAAAAUGUCACUUCGUAAACCGGAAUUUAUCAAUGCUUUGCAAAAGACGAAUAAUUCUCCUGAAAUCUUACUUUAUUUAGGGGUUUUGUUUUGGAAAGAUGGAAAGUUCCUAAAAGCGAAGUCGUGGUUCGAUAGAAGUUUGAAUGCAGAUCCUACAAAUGGAGAUGCUUGGGGUUGGCUAUACACGUACUAUAAGAGAAAUGGUAAUGACGAGAGCAUCUCUUUCUUCUUGAACGAUAUUGGGGAAAAAUUCGAUGAGGUUAAAAGGGGAGCAGUGUUUAAAGAGAUUCAGAAGGAUCCAAAAAAUUACGGAAUCACACACAAGGAGCUUUUGGAGCUCGUAUCCUCAAAAUUAUCACAAAUGUAA